UGCUAUCAGGAUGACUUCCCAUGUUUGUCACCGCGAUUCACCGCGUCGUAAUUAGCCGUAGUAGCGCAGUGACUUCGCUUAAAACUCGCACGUUAUGGAUAUCGAAAUUUCAUCGGUUUUUAGGACAUUUCGCGGCAAACGGUGUGUUAUAAUUGAAUUGUAUAAAUUAACGGAAUCGAAUGUUUUACAGUCCGGAAACAUUAGGUUCAGGUGCGCUAAUAAGAAGUGCGGGGCAAGUGUGCUAGUUGACGAAACUGUAAAAAAAGUGAUCCAACCUAGUGCUGUUGAACAUAAUCAUGAGCCAUACACGUCGGAAGAAAUAACCAAACAAAAAUUUAAAGUUAGUGUCAAAAGGAAAGCGGCCGAAAAUUUAAUCGAAAAACCGAGUAAGAUUAUAAGACGCGAACUUUUAUUAGAUGGUGCCUGUGAAUUAUCAAAUUUAGAAUUGCCUGGUAUUCGGAAAAUGAUGUAUAAGGAAAGAAAAAAAUCUCUCCCUGCUCCAAUACCAAAAUCGAGACAGGAAGCAUACUGUCAGCUGUAUGAUUUACAACGCAAAAUUUUAGUGAAAGGACAGCAAUUCUGUUUUGUGAAUGCAGCCAAAAAUAUGGUAAUCUUGACGUGUGAAUCAAAUUUAAAAUUGAUGCAAGUGAGCGAACUUUUUUUCGGAGAUGGGACUUUCUCAUAUGCACCGGACCAUUUUUCCCAGUUGUAUACAAUUCACGUGUAUAAAAAUUGCUUUUACAUUCCAGUCGCAUUUUGUUUCUUACCCUCUAAGAGCUGCGAAACGUAUCGUUUAAUGUGGCGAGAACUGCAAAAUUUGAGUCUUUCUCUGACUGGAAAAAAUUUCGUCAUUCCCACAUUUUAUGCUGAUUUUGAAUCUGCUGCUCAUAACGCUAUUCAUGCAGAAUUCCCAGAUUGUAUGUUACUCUGCUGCCGUUUCCAUUUAUCUCAAUCCUGGUUCCGAUUUAUUCAAUCCAAUUCAUUCCUCUUGCGAGAAUAUAACACUAAAGGCUCAGCGGUCGGUAAAUGGUUAAGGUAUUUUUUUGGCUUGCCAUUGUUACCGCCAAACGAAGUGUUGGGUGGUUUCCUAGAUUUAAUGUCUAUCGUUCCUGACGGCAUACCUCAAGAAACACAAACGGAAUUUUCAAAUUAUCUUCUGAAUAACUAUAUUUUGACUUUGUCAAAGUAUCCUCCAGAUUUAUGGGCCGGACCGCCGUCAAAUUGCCCUCGCACUACAAAUGGCAACGAAUCGUUUCAUAGUAACUAUAAUAAAGAAUUCUAUCAUACCCAUCCCAACAUUCACAACGUGGUUGAAGUCCUACGUCAGAUUCAAGCAGAAACGUUAACUAAAAUAACUUCCGUCAACAUGAAUGUCACAAAUACUAUUAAACAACCGACAAUUGACCGAAAUAAUUAUGCGAUAGAAGCCUGGAAUACUUACGCGGCGAGCAAACGUGAUCGAGAAGCUCGGUUGACUUACCUCAAGCGCCUAGGUCACCAUUUCCAAGCUAAGAAAAUUUAAAUUCUCAUCCAGAUUUUAUCAAUUGACGACCAGCCACCUACAGCUGUGAUAUUUUUAUAUUACUCAACUCUACAUACAAUGGUGAGUGUGUUUCAUACUGUUCUUUCAUUCAACAUGUUGUUCGGUGUUGCCACAUUCACAUAUUUCCUUCAAAAGGUACCUUUUUUCCUCUCGCCCAUAAGACCCCCUCCCUAAUCGGGGGAAGGCUAUUUUGCACUGUUUCUUACUCGCCCAAAAGCCCCCAACUUUUCGCCCAAACGAGCCCUUCCCCGCCCAAAAGUCCUG